UGCGCCUACAUGCACCCUAGAGAACGGAGGAUAGUAUUAAACGGGAUUGGUAAUCUUCGGCUGCGACGGGGACGCUAGUUUUGGUUCACUUCCAAAUUGAACUCGCCGUCGGAGCUAUGCCAGCAAGUGUAACCGAAUAUUAAGAUUUAAGACCAAACCCUAUAUGGACAAGGAGAACCCAAACUCCAAGCACCCACUGUUCUGCUUAAAAUGGCCGUGGGAUACUGUCAUCCCUAACCAGAGUAACCCUACAACUCCCUGUACAUUAGAAACACCAUGGCUUUUCAAAUCGUUCCAGAGUUUGACUUCGUUGGCUGUAAAUUUCAUCCACAACGCGCCCAAGUCCAGAAUGCUGCCCUUCCAAAUCCCCAUAUUGAAACCCCCCCAGCUGACGGCGAGGAAGAAAUUGACCCCGGCGGAACAAUCAGAGGCCGAGCAGAGUGCGUUCGCGGCAGCGCUGGCCAGCGAUAAAGAUGCUACGGUGUUAGAGUUCUACUCCCCCAAGUGCCAACUCUGCAAUUCUUUGAUUAAUUUUGUUAAUGAAGUUGAGAAGCGGAACUCGGGUUGGCUCAGCGUUGUUUUCGCUGAUGCAGAGAAUGAUCAGUGGCUGCCUGAGCUUCAGCAUUAUGACAUAAAGUAUGUUCCUUGCUUUGUGUUAUUGGACAAAAAUGGAAGGGCACUUGCAAAAACAGGUGUUCCACACAGCAGGCUGCAUGUUGUCGCUGGCGUUUCCCAUCUCCUGAGAUUGAUGAAACACCCCCAGAGAAAACAGUGAUGAUGAUCUCAACCUGUGUUGUCGAUGGUAGUAGAAUAGUGCGAGUGUAAAUUAAUAUGGCUUGAUGCUUGCGCCUUGUUGGUAUAUACUUUCCUUACGGACUCUGCCCUCCUGAAUUAUCGAAAAUGGCAUUUGGAUUGAGUGGCCGUUUGGAUGUCAGGUUUUUGGCUUAUCAACUUAGAUUUAUGAUCAAAUACUGUUUUUUGGUUAACUAAAAAGCAAGGCCAGAUGUUCUCUUUAGAUCAAGAUGGUCAUUUGGUCUUUCUUUUUAAAAAUGUGUAGUAUUGCACAUUUGCACUAUUGCUACUGCUUCUUUUUGUCAAUACAUUACUUUUAAGUUUUAACUAUAGCUUUACCAUAAUUCCAACAAUUUCGCUCUAUCA